CCCUCCCCUGCUGUCUAUCUCCUCACCCUCGCUGCGUGCUGUCAAUAAUUGAUGGUCUUUAGUGACUCUCAAAGGGUAACAGGUCCGGCAGAAAAUGUCUCAUGUGUCAUUUCUUCAUUUAUUCACAAGUCGGUCUUGAAGCUCGGAGAAAGCGGCGACUAUUUACUAGCCGUGCUUGUGUUUUGCUUGCACCUGCGCGUGACUGAGCGCAAACGGGUUCAUGCGGCAUGAGUGACAGCAGCACAGAAGGAGGUGAAGGGAAGCUUUAAAUAAGUGGGUGGCGGGGGGUCAUGGAGGGGGAGUGACAGAAUUAUUGAGUGAAUUAAUUCAGCCUUGGCCAGCCCUGAUAAACUGGUAAACUGCAAACUUGCAGUACAGUACAAACAUGGAGGAAGGGAAGAGAGAAGACACAUUCUUCCCCAGAAGGAGAAGUUUCACUUUUGGCACUUAUGGAAGCAUGGACAUAUCCAAGGACGAAGCAGGAGCGGAAGCCGCCGAGAGCACGACGACGGACAUCUUGGAUGACGGCAAGCCUGUCCUCUCGGCUAGCGGCAGCCAGAAGGAAACGGAGUUGUUUGAAAUCAUUGAAAAGCUCCAGGGCAGCAGGCUCGAUGAGCAGCGAUGUGAAUUCCCUCUGCCGCUUAAGUCUCGGCUUUUGACGACAGGCGGAGUGCUGCCAAUCAUCCUCCCUUCGAAGCUGGGGCGCUACUGGGUCGACCCGCCUUUGGAGAGACUCGCAGAUGUCAGCCCCACCUCCUCCCAUCACGGCCUCCCAGCAGACGACUACGAACUCAAGGAAAGGGACGGCGAGGCCAAAAUCUACCGCCACUUUUUCCGCUCGCGGUAUCACCAUUCCUUCACGGCAGUGGAUCCGACCUUAGGGCCGCUGGUGUUGUCUGUGUGUUUGGAGGAAGAGGAAAAUCGCCUGCGAGUCAUACUGAGGAUGAAACAAUGUUCUCUGCACGGAGUUUUCUCCCUGUCGCUUUUCCCUGGUAUUCCAUCAUCUGUCGAACUGGCAAAGAUGCUGUGCGACAGAGUGACCGUCUCAAAGUUUGACGCGGUCAGCUACCUCAAGGCUCCGGUACUAAUAAAAGCGUUCGAUGAGCACAGGGUGUCGUCCAAUUUCAAGUUUGGUGUUUUGUACCAGAAGGAGAAUCAGUUCACCGAGGAGGACAUCCUCGGUAACGAUGAAGAAAGCGAAGGCUUUACCGAGUUCCUGUCGAUUUUGGGGGACACGGUUCAACUCCAAGGCUUCACUGGCUUCAGAGGAGGUCUGGAUGUUUGUCACGGCCAGACGGGGAACGAGGCGGUCUUUACUUCCUUCCACGGCAGAGAGGUCAUGUUUCAUGUGGCGACAAAACUGCCCUUCACCGAAGGCGACCCACAGCAGCUGCAAAGAAAGAGACACAUCGGUAACGACAUUGUGGCGAUGGUCUACCAGGAGGGUCCGACUACUUUCUUAGCUGACAUGAUUAAGUCGCACUUCCUGCACUGUUUCAUCGUGGUCCGGAGGGUCCAAAGCGGGAAGACGGAUGAUGCUGGCCAAACUGCAUAUCAGCUAUCUGUCACCGCUAGGGAUGACGUUCCUCCAUUCGGUCCAGUGCUUCCACAUCCUCCAGUCUUCACAGAUCACUCCCUACUGAGAGAAUUCCUCCUCACCAAGCUCAUCAAUGCGGAAAUUUCCUGCUGUAAAGCCGAGCAGUUCAGCAGACUGGAGCAACGCACACGCUCAGCACUUCUGGAGAAUCUGCAGGCAGAACUCUCCACUCGUUCACAAUGCAUGCUGGGAGACCCAUCAGCCUCUUCUGUCCCCUCUGCUGAGAGUGUCAAGGGGGUGUCCGAAGGCAGUGGGGGGUUCAUUGAGAACUUUAAGAGGGCCAUCCGAGUGCGGAGCCAUUCCUUCGAGACCCUCGGGGUGCCCAGGAAAAUCAGUGGCAUCUCACCACAGGUCCAAGCGAGUCCUCAAGAGGAGACGUAGUACAUUCCAGAUUUUAGACAUUUAUGCACAUCAUGUUGACCUUAUUAUCUGUGUGGAGGACUCCUGUAAAGGUAGUAAAUUAAAAUUGCUGCUCAUGUAAUUAUCAUGCUGCAAUAGCAGUCAUAUAUGUAAUACAAAUUAUAUUUUAGUGACAUGUAUGGUAAAUAAAAACCUGAAA